AUGGGGGUUCAUAAAUCGGACACCGUGGUCUACCUUCACGGGAACCUCGAUUUGAGAAUCGUUGAGGCUAGAUAUCUACCAAACAUGGACAUGCUUUCAGAGCGCGUUCGUAGAUUCUUCUCCGCUCUCAACACCUGCAGCGCUUCCAUCACCGGUAAAAAGAAGGAUCAACAUCACCGUCACCAUCCCGCCAAGAUUAUCACCAGCGAUCCUUACGUCACCGUUUGCCUCGCCGGUGCCACGGUGGCACGCACCCGCGUCAUCUCCAACUCGCAGAAUCCCACCUGGAGCGAGCAUUUCAAGAUCCCUCUGGCUCACCCGGUCUCGAAGGUUGAGUUCUACGUCAAGGACAACGACAUGUUCGGUGCGGACAUGAUCGGAAUCGCCACAGUUUCCGCCGAGAGGAUCAAAUCCGGUGAAACUAUCAGUGAUUGGUUUCCGAUAAUAGGUUCGUUUGGGAAACCUCCCAAACCUGAUUGCGCUGUGCGCCUCGAGAUGAAAUUCACGAGUUGCGAGGAUAGUCCUCUGUACCGCUCCGGCAUUGCGCCGGGUCCGGAUCGUUUCGUCGUGAAGGAUUCCUAUUUUCCUGUGCGGCGCGGAGGAUCAGUGACGCUGUAUCAGGAUGCGCACGUUCCUGAUUCGAUGUUACCGGAGGUUGAAUUGGACGAUGGGGUUGUGUUUCAGCAAGGCAAGUGCUGGGAAGAUAUCUGUCACGCAAUUUUGGAAGCGCAUCAUUUGGUUUACAUUGUAGGUUGGUCCAUCUACCAUAAGGUGAAUCUGGUCAGAGAGCCAACCAAGCCCUUACCUAGUGGUGGGAAUUUGAAUUUGGGGGAGUUGCUCAAGUACAAGUCACAAGAAGGCUUGCGAGUUUUACUGUUGGUUUGGGAUGAUAAGACUUCGCACAGUAAAUUUUUCAUCAACACGGCUGGAAUAAUGCAAACACAUGAUGAAGAAACUCGAAAGUUUUUCAAGCAUUCUUCAGUUACAUGUGUGUUGUCACCUCGUUAUGCCAGCAGUAAGCUUAGCAUUUUCAAGCAACAGGUUGUUGGAACUCUCUUCACGCAUCAUCAGAAAUGUGUGAUUGUGGAUACUCAAGCACAUGGCAAUAAUCGGAAGAUAACUGCAUUUUUAGGUGGUCUAGAUCUUUGUGAUGGCCGGUAUGAUACACCUGAGCAUAGACUUUUCCGUGAUCUUGACACUGUUUAUCAGGGUGAUUAUCAUAAUCCCACAUUUUCUGCAGGAAGCAAGGGUCCAAGGCAACCAUGGCAUGAUUUACAUUGCAAAAUUGAGGGCCCUGCUGCAUAUGAUAUACUCACUAAUUUUGAGCAGCGCUGGAGAAAAGCCACCAAAUGGUCUGAGUUGGGUCAAAAAUUCAAGAGAGUAUCUCAUUGGCAUGAGGAUUCUUUGAUUAAGUUAGAUCGCAUCUCUUGGAUUCUUAGUCCUUCUGAAUCAACUUCUAAUGAUGAUCCUGAAUUAUGGGUUUCAAAGGAAGAUGAUCCUGAAAAUUGGCAUGUUCAGGUUUUUCGAUCCAUAGAUUCUGGCUCUUUGAAAGGCUUUCCCAAGGAUUUAUUUGAAGCUGAGGCUCUGAACCUUGUUUGUGCAAAAAAUUUGGUCAUAGACAAGAGUAUUCAAACAGCAUACAUACAUGCGAUCAGAUCUGCUCAACAUUUUAUAUAUAUUGAGAAUCAAUAUUUCCUUGGAUCAUCCUUUGCUUGGCCAUCUUACAAAGAAGCAGGUGCUGAUAACUUAAUUCCUAUGGAGUUGGCACUGAAGAUAGUCAGUAAGAUAAGAUCCAAGGAGAGAUUUGCAGUUUAUAUUGUCAUCCCAAUGUGGCCUGAAGGGGUCCCUUCUUCUGCCGCAGUGCAAGAGAUUCUCUUUUGGCAGGGACAAACUAUGCAAAUGAUGUAUGAAAUCAUAGCUCGGGAGUUAAAAUCUAUGCACCUUGACGAUUGCCAUCCACAAGAUUACCUCAAUUUUUACUGUCUUGGAAACCGAGAGAAGUUGACAACUUCCGGUUUACGUUCAAGUAAUUCAACUUCAGAUAAUGGCGAGACGCAGGUUUCAGCAUCACAAAAGUUCGGACGGUUUAUGGUUUAUGUACAUGCCAAGGGAAUGGUUGUGGACGAUGAAUAUGUGAUAAUUGGGUCUGCCAACAUCAAUCAACGAUCUAUGGCUGGAUCAAGAGAUACUGAGAUCGCAAUGGGUGCAUAUCAACCCCAUCAUACAUGGAGUAAGAAAAGGGAACAUCCACAUGGUCAGGUAUAUGGGUAUAGAAUGUCUCUGUGGGCAGAACACUUAGGGUUCACAGAUGCUUGCUUCAAGGAGCCUGAAAGUUUGGAUUGCGUGAAGAAAGUGACCAAGAUUGCUGAAGACAACUGGAAGAAGUUUACAGCAGAUGAUUUUGCCCCAUUGCAAGGGCACCUUAUGAAAUAUCCUGUCCAUGUUGAUGAAAAUGGAAAGGUACGCUCCUUACCUGGAUUUGAGUCUUUCCCAGAUGUCGGUGGUAAGGUGCUUGGCUCCCGGUCUACCCUUCCUGAUGCUCUAACUACAUAG